GCCCGCCUGCCUGUCUGUCCGUCCGACCGUCCUUCCUCUCCCCCCCACACACACCCCCUCUCUCUGUUCGCAUCCACCCCUCUUUGUACCGCGCCCCCUGGGGACCCCUGCGCCCCUCCCCUCCCGCUUGGCCACAUGGACCGUCCUGCAGGCCGCUGAUGCCGCCCGCGGUGAGGUGGCCCGGACCGCAGUGCCCCCACCCUCGAAAGAGAGAGCUCUAAUGGUACCAAGUGACAGGUUGGCCUUCCUGUAACACGGGGACGCCAGAUCUUCUGAGACGAUGUCGGCAAUACAGGCCGCCUGGCCAUCCGGUACAGAAUGUAUUGCCAAGUACAACUUCCAUGGCACCGCUGAGCAGGACCUUCCCUUCUGCAAAGGAGACGUGCUCACCAUUGUGGCCGUCACCAAGGACCCCAACUGGUACAAAGCCAAGAACAAGGUGGGCCGUGAAGGUAUCAUCCCAGCUAACUACGUCCAGAAGCGGGAGGGCGUGAAGGCAGGCACCAAACUCAGCCUCAUGCCCUGGUUCCAUGGAAAGAUCACGCGGGAGCAGGCCGAGCGGCUUCUGUACCCGCCGGAGACAGGCUUGUUCCUGGUGCGGGAGAGCACCAACUACCCCGGAGACUACACGCUGUGCGUGAGCUGCGAAGGCAAGGUGGAGCACUACCGCAUCAUGUACCACGCCAGCAAGCUGAGCAUCGACGAGGAGGUGUACUUCGAGAAUCUCAUGCAGCUGGUGGAGCACUACACCACAGAUGCAGACGGACUGUGCACUCGCCUCAUCAAACCAAAGGUCAUGGAGGGCACGGUGGCAGCCCAGGACGAGUUCUACCGCAGUGGCUGGGCGCUAAAUAUGAAGGAGCUGAAACUGUUGCAGACCAUCGGGAAAGGGGAGUUUGGAGAUGUGAUGCUGGGUGAUUACCGGGGGAACAGAGUGGCCGUCAAGUGCAUUAAGAAUGACGCCACCGCCCAGGCCUUCCUAGCCGAAGCCUCUGUCAUGACGCAACUUCGGCACAGCAACCUGGUGCAGCUGCUGGGCGUGAUUGUGGAGGAGAAGGGCGGGCUCUACAUCGUCACUGAGUACAUGGCUAAGGGGAGCCUAGUGGACUAUCUGCGGUCACGGGGUCGCUCGGUGCUAGGCGGAGACUGUCUCCUCAAGUUCUCACUAGACGUUUGUGAGGCCAUGGAAUAUCUGGAGAGUAAUAACUUCGUGCAUCGGGACUUGGCUGCCCGGAAUGUGUUGGUGUCUGAGGACAACGUGGCCAAGGUCAGCGACUUUGGCCUCACCAAGGAGGCCUCCAGCACCCAGGACACUGGCAAACUGCCAGUCAAGUGGACAGCACCUGAAGCCCUGAGAGAGAAGAAAUUCUCCACCAAGUCUGAUGUGUGGAGUUUUGGAAUCCUUCUCUGGGAAAUAUAUUCCUUUGGGCGAGUGCCUUACCCAAGAAUUCCCCUGAAGGACGUUGUCCCUCGGGUGGAGAAGGGCUAUAAGAUGGAUGCCCCCGAUGGCUGCCCCCCCGCAGUCUACGAGGUCAUGAAGAACUGCUGGCACCUGGACGCUGCCACGCGGCCCACCUUCCUGCAGCUUCGAGAGCAGCUUGAGCACAUCAAAACCCACGAGCUGCACCUGUGACCUCCGCCUCCGCCUCCGCCCCGGGGCCACGGCCGCAGGGACUGGGCCUGGAUGCUCACGGACCUAGUGCCCCGCUGCUUGCUGGGCCUGAACUUGAACUGAGCCCCAGUGGGCUGGCGGGCCUCUUUCCUCUGACCCGCCUGUCCCUUCUGGCCCCUCUGGAGAUCCUGCCUAAGCCUGGCACCUCCCCUCAUGGACCUACCUAUAGGGCUUGGGGUGCCCACUGGAGGGGCCAAGAAGAGAUGAGGCUGAGGAGCUGGAGGCAGUGCCCCCACCACAGCCAGCCUUCCCCUGGCCUUCCAUCGCUCGCCUUCUUAAGAGUUUUAUUCCUUUCCUUUUUGGGGAUUUUUUUUUCUGUGUGUUUAUUUUUUAUUAUUUUUCAAGACAAGGAGAAAGAAAGUACCCAGCAAAUGGGCAUUUUACAAGAAGUACGAAUCUUAUUUUUCCUGUCCUGCCCCUGAGGGUGGGGGGAGGACCGGCCCCUCUCUAGGGACCCAUCACCCCAGCCUGUUCCCCAUCCCAUGUUCCGUGUCCCGUGUCGCCUCGGUCGCCCGUGUUUGCGCUUGACCAUGUUGCACUGUUUGCAUGCGCCCGAGGCAGGCAUCUGUCGGGGGCUCCUAUUUCAUGUGCUGCGGCCGCCGCUCACCCACCGCCUUGUGAGAUGGAAUUGUAAUAAACCGCUCCAUGAGGACACCGCCA